GGCUGCCUCCCAACGUCAAAGUCGUCUCUUCCGUUCUCCCUCCACUUCUCGGGAUCCCUCCACCUCUCGUAUUUCUACUCCACGCCGCCGCCGAUGCUGCCGCGGCGGCGGUGGUGGUAGCAGCAGUCUCCCGUCUCCGGCGAUGUCAGUGAUGCCUUCGAUAAGGCGGCUCCUCCUCGCCGGCGCGGCGGUGGCGGUGGUGGUCGUUUCUUGCGCCGUCGUUUGUGCGGAGGCGUCGGUGCAUGAGUACGCCGGCGAGAGGUUCGCCGGCGUCGGCAAUGGCUUCGUGCUGCACGGCGGCAGCGAGGGUGUCUACGCGUCGGCCACGGCGGAGUCGUUCGUCCGAUUCGAGAAGGUGGCGUUCAGGAGGACGCCGGAGGCGGCGUCGGUGGCGGAGGAGGACGGCAACCGGACGGUCACGGUGGCGGCGGUCAUCUUCGAGGCCGGCGACCGCGACGCCGUCGGGGCGGUGUCCGACGUCGUCGGCGGCGAGCGCGCGCUGUGCUGCACGCCGGGCAUGGCGAGGCGAGGCGGGUGCACGGAGGGGGCGGUCGUGUACCGCGCCCCCGCGUCGUCGAACGCCACCGGCCGCUGGCCCAAGGUGCUCGCCGCGUCGUUCCUCCCGGGCAGCCUCGUCGCGGCGUUCCCCGACGAGACCGUCGCCGUGGCGCGCACCGGGAUGUACAGCCUCCACUUCGUCCACUGCGACGCGUCGCUCGCCGCCGGGCAGGUGGUGGCCGCGGAGGGGAAGACCAUCUGGAAGAACAGCCGCGGCUACCUCCCGGGGAGGAUGGCGCCGCUCAAGCCGUUCUACGGCGCCAUGUCGCUGGCGUUCGCCGCGCUCGCCGCGCUCUGGUUCGCCCGGUACGCGAGGUUCUGGCGCGAGGUGUCGCCGCUGCAGAACUUCGCGACGGCGGCCAUCGCGCUGGGCAUGGUGGAGGUCACCACCUGGUACCUCGACCUCGCCGAGUUCGACGCGUCGGGCGUCCGGCCGGCGGGGACGACGUUCUGGGCGGCGACGUCGGGCGCCGUGCGCGCCGCGGCGUGCCGCGUGCUGGCGCUGCUCGUGGCCAUGGGGUACGGCGUGACGAGGCCCGCACUGGGCUGCGGCAACGCCAGGGUGGCCGCCCUCGGCGCCGCGUUCCUCGCCGCGGCGGAGGUGCUCGACGUCGGCGACAACGUCGGCAUCGUCAGUGACCACUCGCCGGCGAGGAGGCUCUUCUUCAUUCUCCCCGUCGCCGCCCUCAACACGGUGUUCAUCUACUGGAUCUUCACCUCGCUGUCAAGAACUAUCAGCAAGCUCAAGGCGAGGAGGAUGACGGCGAAGCUUGAAAUGUAUCGGAAAUUCGCGAAUUCUCUCACCAUCGCCGUGGCCCUGUCGCUCGGCUGGAUCACAUUUGAGGUCCAUUUUAAGACGACUGAUGAGCACAACGAGCGGUGGCGAGUGGCGUGGGUAAUCCCCGCGGUGUGGGAGCUCAUCUCCUUCUUCCUCCUCUGCACCAUCUGCAUCCUAUGGACGCCCUCACAAAAUUCAAUGAGGUUCGCCUACUCGAGGGAGGAGUGUGAGGAUGACACGGAGCACAAUGACGAGGACGAUGACGUGGAGGACACGCGGCCGCUGAUCAGGGCCGGGCCGCUGUCCUACGUGGACAACUGGGCGUGCUACGUCACGCAGGACGCCAAGAUCAUACUGAGGACGGACUCUGGCGUGUACGCUAAAGCCGGCGAAGAGUACAAACGGGUGUGAGCCUGUGAGGAGGAGGAGCGUGCUAGCAGAUAUGGGACAGAAAAUGUCUAAGUGAUUAAGAAGGAGUUGAUUAGUUUAAACACUGGUAGGUACACUGUCAAGUGUCAACUGAGUACUUCAAUUAGGGGCACUGUUUGUUAAAAAAAGAGAGAUGAAAGAGGAGUAUUAGAGGGAGGGACGUAUGAUCGCUAGGAGGAGAGGGAAACGAUUACCCGCCCACUAACAGCCCCUAGGAAAAAGGGUCAUUCUAAAAGCUUUAUUAUAUUAAUCAAAGAACUUAAUUGUUUGUAUCA